UCAGUCACAAUUCAUCGGAGUCGUGGAGGAUAGAGGUUUUCCACACUCCUCAGUCACUCGAAGUGAUCUACAAAACAUUGCUAUCUGGCACAAGAAUGGGACAGUCAAAAUUAGAGGCUAUACGAUUAGCGAUUUGCAGGCGGAGCUUCAGGUAGUUGAUCACUGGUUAUCGUACAAGCCUGAACACCUCCGCUUCUCUACCGGUCUGAGGGUCAUCGACAUGCCCCACUCUGCGCAGGCUACGCAUCUGCUCGCCAAGGAUAAGUUUGGCAUCCUCGUACAGGAAAGUCAUGGCAAGAAGAGGACGAGACUGUCCAUAGGAACACUAGAAGAUGAAGGUUCACCUUGGAAGAAAGUAGGACUACAGGGAAUUGUGGUACAAUCGACUGACAGGGAAGGCAGAGAGUCCAACAAAGGAGCGCAGAUCGAGAGUAGCAUUGCCGGCCAGGUGUCACUGGGCAGUGCAGAUACAAGAGUAGACAUAUCUAGUCUUUGUCCCGAGGCCGAGGUCGGGGAUAUGGCGAAUGAGUCCGAGGGCGAGGACGGGAAUGAGGAUGAGAGUCAAGAUGAGAAUGGGGUUGAAGAUGGAGCUGGGAACGAGACCGAGAACGAGGCUGAGGAUCGGGCCCAGGAUACAGAUGGGGAGACGGUGCCGAAUACACCAGAGGAAGUGCCGCAGGAGACCAUAGCGUCUGAUUCAGCGUCGUCUACACCGACAAUACAUGAGUCUGAGUCCACACCACGAGAAACACCCAUACCAACACCCAUAUCAACACCCGAGACAACACCAGCCACUUCAUCAGCGGCAGACAGCUCUGAACCACCCCAUGGAACGUACGCAUUGCUAACGCCAGCCUUCGAGUGCUCCGACUCGGUAGAGUAUCUUAGUGGUUACUGGGUCGAUAAACACUUGGCGGCAUUGGUGACUUACGCGAAAGAAACAGAUGAGCUAGUGGAGAAGGCGUGGUUGUUGGGAUCCAAGUGCCCGAAGGUGUAUUGUGAUGGUGGAGGGCUGAUCGGAAAUACAACUAACGAGCUGGAUGCAGACUUGCUUUGUCUAAGUGCCGAAGCUUUCGAUCGAAAGGCUAAGAAUCGUGAAUGGAAGCCGCAAGUUCCCAUCCUGCUGAAGCAGGACUUCCUUGACAAGGGCGCAUACACUCUCGAUGAGGCGUAUGUUCGUUUGCAACGGCGCUACUCCGAUGCUAAGCUCCAGGUACAGUUUGGCCUCGGUAAUGUAGGCCUAUUGGGGGUCAAGGACUUCGCUACGGGCCGGAACCACUUGGGUCUGAAUGCGAUCGAUCUGCGCCCGCUUAUAAAUGCUGAUCGGCCGAUGUUUACGCGCCUAGGCCGGUAUAAGCUGCUCGAGGACCUCACCGAAAGUGUCCAGGGCGGCGGCAAUCCUGGCAAGCAACAGGAGACGGUCAAAGUGGUACAGGGUGGCGGUGAACAAUCAGAGGCUAGUGCGCGAACUGAAAUGCGGCCAAACGACAUGGCGAGUUGCAUACAGUUCGCCCUUCUAGCCCACAAGGGAGCGUUCAGCGGGAGUCAUGUGGACAUUGCGGCCGGCACGUUCGUGCGUCAGGUGGCAGGCGAUCUCAAGUUCUGGAUGUUCGUGAAGUCUUCUGACAUGACGACCCAAGACUGGGAAGAUCUCAAUCGCGAAGGCUGCCAUUGGUUACCGGACGGCAAGUCUUUUCUAGUCCCGCUAGAGCAAGGCGACGUAUUUAUCAUGCCGGCUGGCCCGAGAAUCGUGCAUGCCGUGAGCACUCCAGAGCCCUCGUACAUGGAAGGUGGUAUGUUUUGGGACGAGUGCAACAUUCUCCAGAUCCUGGAAUCAGUCCAAUGGAUCUGUGAGCAUCAAGCGGCCACGAAUGAAGCAAUUCCAUAUCAAUUGAGCGAGGUGUUAGUGCGCCUCUGGCGGCUAGUUGAGGCGGAGAAGGCGAAGUUUCGCAACGGCGAGCAGGGCAAGAUGUGGAAUAGGACGUUUCAUGGACUACGUAGUAGGUUCAAGCAACUGGGCUGCUACUGCAAGAACUGCGCCCUGGAGGAUUGCCCAUGCGACCUCAAGAGACGUAGAUGUACUAGGCUAUGUGGGGGGCAUCCAUAUCUGCCCGGCCCCCAUCACUCGUGCAUGAAAGAGAAAAUGGUGGAGGCGAGUGAUGCUGAAGAGGGGGUUUAG